AUGGCCACUGCGCCUCUGAUUACUGCAGCAAAUCAAUGCCUUGGAGGUCAGGAUAUAUUUGCAAAAGUUAAAGAAAACAGUCCCACCGGAGAAUUCAUAGCAAAUUUUAGCAUUGUGGGGGACCCGGGAGCCAAUACCAUCCGUUUGUGCCUCACCGGAGAGGAUGCCGACUGGUUCUUCCUGGAAGGCAGAACAAUCAGACUGAACACGUCUUUCUCACGGACGCUGGAUCGAGAGGUCCAGGGAUCUGUUUUAAUAGCUGCAUUAACAUGCUAUGAAGACGAAACAAUACAGAGCGAAUACAGAGUUAUGGUUGAGAUCCUCAAUGAAAAUGACAACAAGCCAAUCUUCCUCAAAACAAACAUUCAAUCUUUGGACAUUAGUGAGCUGACUUCAGUGAACACAGUGGUAUUCACUGUGCAGGCAAGAGACGCAGACGAUGACACCAUUAUGUACAUAAUCGAAAAAUCAUUGCCUGAUGCCAUCUACUUCAGAAUAGACCUGCCCAACAGCGGCAAAGUGAUUCUGGCCAAACCGCUGGACUACGAGACCAAGACCCAACUGCGGUUAAUCAUUUAUGCUGUGGAAAUGAACACCAAGGAGAAGUACAACGCCACGACCACAGUAACAGUCAAUGUCCUGGAUGGAGAUGACCAGUACCCACAGUUCCAGCCCUGUACCCUCUUCUCCCAAGACAAAGAAGAGCCCAUCUGCACUAACCCAGUCUACACAGUGAACAUCACAGAAAUGGAGCAUGACACUAUGUUAUAUUUUUCUCCUGGUCCUAUUCAUGCUGUGGAUGGAGACAAGGGUUUGGGGACACCCGUGCUGUACACCAUUUUAUCAGGUGCUGACAAUGGCAGGUUCCACAUUGACAAUGAAACUGGAGUGAUAACGCUAACAAGGCCUGUGGAAAAUAGACUCCUAACCCCAAUAAUCAGACUACGGAUCAUGGCCUCUCAGAUUGAUGACCCAAAGAAGUAUACAGUGGCAACAGCUCUGAUUCGAGUGCUAGCCAAGAACCGUUUCCCUCCGCAGUUCAACAGAACUUUGUACAAGGGCUUCGUCAUGGAGAACAGCAGCCCUGCUACAUUGGUCUCCACUUACGGGAACGCCGUCCUCGUGCUUCAAGCGAUUGACCUCGACUUUAAAGAUGGAGUGAAUCCGAAGGUCCACUACUCCCUGAGGCAAAAGCCAGAUGACACAAAACUCUUUCAUGUCACACAGCAGGGCCUUCUGAUUGCCAAAACUAACCAGGUGCAAGCUUUUCAGAAACAUGUUGUUGAGGUACUUGCAACAGACCAGGAAUCAGGAGACACUGCAAAUGCUACAGUUGAUAUUGAGGUUCUCCAGAAAGGUCAACAAGUCCCACAGAGCCCUUUCGGGGAGGAACGCCUCUACGGAUUGGACAUGGAUAUGAACACACUUGGAGGAGUUGCUGGAAUGGUCCUGCUGCUGUUGCUUGCCACCUGCUUUGGACUUCUACAGUUGGCAAAGUGGCGGAGGGAGAGACAGGACCCAGCAGACCGGGCCUCAGUUGCGCAAGGGAAGCACCCAAAUGUGGCCAGCCCUGGGAGACCCAUGCCUCUAAUCGAAGAAAUCUCUUAUCACAAUGAGGCAUUCAGUGACUUUGAUGUCUCUGUCUCCACCCUGUACGGCAAACAAGGAUUAUAUACUAAAAAGGAAAACAUGCCACGUGAAAGGGAGUACAGCGGGGACUACGACGGUUCACAGUUCCCCAGCAUAACAGCACCUGCGUUCACGAUAACUGAGCCUCCACUGAGAAUGGUCUCACCGGUGACUGCAUACGCAGGGAGAGCCCGCGACAAGUCAACCAGUAAGUCUGUCUCAUUCACGGAUGGGUUCAAACUGAAAGCGACGGAUAUCAACGAAGGCCCACCUGCUGAAGAUGAGCCCGCAGACAAUCAAACUUCCAAAGAGAUUCAGCUGAAAAGCGAGCCCAUGACCCUGAAGACAAGCCGCAUGCUGCCUCCACUGCAGGCUGUGGCUUUCUGUGAGUCGAGCGUAGCAGUAGCAAGGACUGUGGAACACAGACACAUGCAGGAUAAACUUUAUGGAGCAAAGCCUACUGGCGGAAAUGCUGCCACAAUGUCAUGGCCAAAAGAGCACACAGACAGCGAGGAUGACGAUUAUAACAAUGACGCAGACGAUGACGAUGGUUAUAAACAUGAAGAGGAGGUGGAGGAAGUUGAAAACCCAUAUAAGUCCUUGCCACUGUGA